CUUACGUAAUUGCUAGGAAUAUUAUAUGAUUUACUAAUUGUAAUCGAAAAUGAAAAGAAUACAGAUGUGUAAAAAAGUUAAUCGCAACAAUACCUUAUUCAAUCACAUAAAUCGCAUACCGUCCCAUAUAAACACCGUCACUCCAGAGAUCCUCGUCGGCCAAAUAUGGCUACAAGAGGAUGAACCCACAGCUGUAGAAAUAAUAGAAUUAAAUAGUUCUGAUGAAUACGAGCCGUCGCCGGAUGAAGGGCCCAAUCAAAAUCUGGAUCACGCCUGGAGCUACAUGAACAACGAGAGGCUUCAGCAAAUAGAAGACAACUAUAAGAUAAACAGUAAGGCUAGAGAAAGGUGGCGCAAAAAUCAUGAGAACCGAUUCCAUUCUACAAACACAGCUACCGACACAGAUAAUCAUUUAAUCAAUCAAUUAUAUUCAGACGUCGCAGGAAAUCAUGUGGAGGAUAACGAUCUGAUCAAUCGCCAAAUUAACUGUUUCACCAUUAUCAAUAAACAUUUCGUUAAUUCUGACACAUCAUCAGAGGAAGAGUUCGCAGACGUCGAAAUUAUAACUUCCAACGAUAUUAUAAUGGAACCUAAUAAUAAAGAGGUAAUGACCGAUUUAGAUAAAGAGACUCGAACUAUUUGGAUUUAUUCAUUUAAAAAUAAACAUUUACUAUCAGAAGAUGAUUAUGAACUCACCAACAUAGGAGGCAGAGAACUCUGUAGUUCUACAUCCAGUUCCAUAGAAACAGAUGAAGAACUCACUAAAGAUAAAAGCACUAAUGUUCGCCGAAUAGGAUCACCCAUUCCCCCCGCUUACAUACCUCGGCUCAACUUAGCUCCGACGCUAUCCACCGUUACAGAAGUAUCUGAACCCAUCAUGAAACAAGCAUCUUCGAAUGGAUCAAAUAAGUCAUCGAAGUUUCAAAAACCCAAAAAUGGAUGGUUUUUAAACGAAAGUGACAAAUUAGAUAGUGGAAGGUCAGUUAGUAAACGUGAGAAGAGCACUAACAUCGUCAAUUGGAUGGCGCUAUCGCCACGCGAGAGACGCCGAAGACCAAAAAACGAAGAAGACAGAUGGGAAGACACAGUCCUGAAUUUAGAAUCUCCCAAAUUGGUGAACGUAUCAGCUGAGGAAAAACAAAAGGCUGAUGAAUCACCACAAGACAAACCUUUUAGGUUACAAGUCGAUGUGGAUGUCCAUGUAAGUGUAAAUGAGAAGUUACCAGACAAAAGGUCUACAGGAACACCGACAAGCAUAGAUAUAACAAUGAAAUCAAAAAAAGAAGAGCUCAGUCCAUUAAAUAAAAUAAAAUGUUUGGACACUUUACUGGAAUGCGUCAAAGACAGAGGAGAUCAUGAAUUAAAAUUUGAAAAUAAUCAACAAGUUUUAUGCAAUACAUUGAUUCCUUACGUAGAGCCCCAGGGACAUCUGAUGUUUAAUCACUUCGAUGACCCAAGUCCACAGCCUCUAAGAACUAGUGCCGAUUGGCAUCGUGAAACCCAAGAAGAGAAAGUAACUGCCGACUACAAUUACGAAACGGGUAAGGUGCACGUACAUUUGCCGAAUGGAAAUGAACAUGAUAGUGAUUAUGAUCAUGAACAUAGGCUUAGUCAUAGUCAUCGGGUCAGUCAUGAUCGUACAUGGGAGAAAAAUGCCAGGCCCUCACUGAAGCCAUCCGAAUGGUACGCAUAUGCGCCGGUAAGGUCAUCACUCUCAUUGCGCCUGUCAAUGGGCAGCAUUACACCGGAGCGCCUGCCGUGGUACAAACGUUUUAUAAAAUGCAUCUGUUGUAAGUAGAAUCAAAAUAUGAAAUAAAACAAGGAGUGCUUUA